CUCGUCAGAUCGACAGAACCCUUUACUUGUUGAUUUUUUGGUUCUUCUUCAUCCUUUCUCUCGCUCUUUCUCUCUCUCUCGUCUUGUUUCUUCUGAAAUUGUAAUUCUUUUGGGGCAUGCGUUUGAGAGUCGAUCUCCGAUAGUUGAUACGAAGAUCGUGAACAUUUUGCUACUCCACUCUGGUUGUUUCGUGUCGUCUUUCCAACAUAUCUGAGGAAGACGACGUCAUGUUUUUGUUCGAUUGGUUCUAUGGAAUCCUGGCCACGCUAGGUUUGUGGCAGAAAGAGGCGAAGAUCUUGUUUCUAGGGCUUGACAAUUCCGGAAAAACUACUUUGCUUCACAUGCUCAAAGACGAGAGAUUAGUUCAGCACCAGCCAACACAGCAUCCAACAUCUGAGGAACUGAGCAUUGGGAAAAUCAAGUUCAAGGCCUUUGACUUGGGAGGCCAUCAGAUUGCUCGUAGGGUCUGGAAAGACUACUAUGCCAAGGUUGAUGCUGUUGUGUACCUAGUGGAUGCGUACGACCAGGAGAGAUUUGGGGAGUCAAGAAGAGAGCUAGACGCUCUUCUAUCAGAUGAAGCCUUAGCAAAUGUCCCCUUUCUUAUUCUUGGGAACAAGAUUGAUAUUCCUUAUGCAGCCUCAGAAGAUGAGCUGAGGUAUCACUUGGGUCUCACCAAUUUCACAACCGGUAAAGGCAAUAUAAGUCUUGGAGACUCUGGUGUUCGUCCCCUUGAGGUCUUCAUGUGCAGCAUCGUCCGCAAAAUGGGAUAUGGUGAGGGCUUUAAAUGGCUAUCUUACUACAUCAAGUAAUUAAGUAGGAAACCAGACAGCAUUGGUUUUGCUUCACGGUUUAUGAAUGAGCCAUCUCAUUUUUCCUCGUGGAAAACACAUAUAAAACCUGUUUCUCUCACGUUUCUUGGUUGAAUCAAACCGAACAAAAAGUAUCAUUCUGAUUCUGUAGGAAGA